AACUUCCGCACAGGACAUCCUGAAACAAACUGCUGUCUUCUACUAAAAACAAAAAAGUUGUUAAAUACACCAUAGUCUUUGUAGAUAAUGCCAAAGUCACCAUCCAGAACAUCAAAGAAAAAGAAAUACAAUGCUCGUUUCCCUCCUGUAAUAAAUGGAUUUAUUUGCUCAUUUUUUUUAAUAGGAGAAAAGGCUCAGAUUUUAUUAAUAAAUAGUAACUUAAGUUAACAUUAACUGAGACCUUCAUUAAAUUACUUUUAAUUUUUUCAUCAUAAAAGCUUUAGUGAAGUAACUUUACACACUUUAAGAUUUAUGUCCUCAGCCACAGUUACUGAUAGUCUAAUUUUGUAAGAAAAAUUUAGAUCCUGUCAUCGUAGUCUUAUUAUUCAUAAUUCAGUCGAGGUUAAUGAAAUGAUAAUAUUUAUGGUUCAAACGAGGCGCAAACCAAUGUUCCCUCUAAGGUUUGUUGGUUCGUGUGCAAAAUCAUAAAUUUGUGAGCAAAUUUUUACAACAUCAAUUUUUUUGUGCGCAAAAUUUUACAGCCUACAGACACAAACGCACAUUUAAGUUGUAAUUAGCUUCGCGAUACUCUAAACUGCUGCGCGGCAUCUGUGAGAUUACUGCGCGCAGCUUAAAGGGAACAUUGGCGCAAACAAUAUAAAAAUUUUCUUUAGAACUGAAAUUUCAUGAGUACGGCUUACUACUUGAUUUUAUUGGUGUUAGAAUCACUGACACUGAUAAUGUAGUUGUUAUUUUUAUUUUUCUCUUUUAUAAAUACAGAUAGUUGGUUGUUUUUUUAAUUAAUAAGUUGCAACACCUCACCGAAUUUGAGCUCUACUGUAUCUUUAAAAUCUAAUAAGUUAGAACUAUUUUUUCUCUCUAAAAAUUCACAGUUUAAUUAAUUAAUUUAUUUGGGGAAAAAAUAGUAUCUGACGUUUAAAAUAAUUAUUUAAAUAAGAAAAUGCUAUUCUAAAGCAUAUUUUAUAUCAACAAAUCCUGUUAUAUUAAAUUUUUAUCGAGAGAAAUAUGCAAGAAAUAUGUGUAAAAGUGAUGAGCUGAAAAAUGGGUUACAAAAUGUGGAGGAAAAGUCAAUGCUAAAAAAGUGACUUCAGGUCGGCACUAACAAAUUCAUAAUUUUUUAACCUCAUGAGCUAGAAAGUUGAUCUUUGUGUUCUUGAAAAUGAUUCGAUUGGCUCUAUUCAACUGUAUAUUUUGAAAAUUUCACCAAAUAACCUACUCAACUUGAGUAUGGUAGACAAUGAAACUUAAUAUUAAGAAUACAAAUAUUUUUGGUGUUUGAGGGCUCAAUUUAUCGAAAAAUACAAUAAAUUUGUAAAUUUGCCAUGUAGAACUAAUAUUGAAAAUUAGCUGACAGAUUAAAUUAAAAUUUUCUAGUCUAGUAUGCAUAAUGUCAUUCUGUUAUUCUACAAUAUCUUCUAUGGUUAAUCUUUUUUUAAUUAUCAUGUUUUCAGCUGGAACAAAAUGAAUUAUCCCCCACAAAAAAUUUAAGUUUCACAAAAUCCAACUGUCGUAUUGCAGAUAUAUAUUAGAUAUAAACAUAGCAAGUUUGAACCCUCUAGGAUUUUUAAUGGUGGGUUCCGUAUAUCUUCCCAAACAUGCUCUAAACGAAACAAAAAAUUCACUAUUGAGAAAAUUACAAAAAAAAAACUUCAAAGUAUAUUUUAAAAAUAAAUACAUCUUUAUUUUUCAAAAAUAAAAGUUUAACUAAUACUAAUAGUAUUUAUAGUUAGUCUAUUAUUGAAUUUUUCAAAAUGUACAACAAAUAUAAAAAUAAAAAAAAUUGUAGGAACAAAUAAUGCACAUACCCUCAAUUGUCUAUACAUUUUUAAAUGAUUUUUUGUGUGUAAACUUGCUUUUUGAAUCAAAGGAGUUAAAUCCAGUUGUACACAACCAACUUAUAUUGCUUUAUUCAAUUUUGUAACUUGUUUGUAUAAUUCAUUUACUGUAAUUAUCUCAACAAAAAGUGGAGUAGCAUGUCUGGUAUCACUGUCCCCAUUGAUCCUGGUUUAUAUGUCCAGAGUGGGAAGGUGACACAAUUCAUAAUUUCCAAGGGGUCAAGGUUGUAGUCUCUCCCCCUUCCCACCAAAACAAGUGCCGUUUGGAUACCCCAUCAGUACCUAUGAGGUUAAGUCUGAACGGGUGCUGGGUGGCCAAGCAGUCUAAACUGAGUCAAUCCCAAGUUUCUGAAUUGGAGUUCAAUCCCCAGCAAAAGCAUAGAUCACCAGCACCUUGGGUGGGACUCGUUAACCUUGAAUUUUAAACAAAAUACAGCUCAAGUCAAGGCUACUUACUACUCGAGCCAUGGUCAUCUUUGUGUGCGAAGGACGAACAAUAAUGUUAAUAAUAAGGCUGAAAAAGUCACAAAACUUUCUGUUUUAUCUUAUGGUUAUCAUCUUAAAAUAAAUCUAAUAAAAAAAUGUUAUUGGAUGUAUUAAGUUUCAAAUUUUGAAUAAUUAUAAUAUUUUUACCCUAACUUUUGUGCUUUCAGGCAAGAAUCAAGAAAAUUAUGCAAACUGAUGAAGAAGUAGGAAAAGUAGCUGCUGCAGUUCCUGUCAUCAUUUGUAUCCUUAUUGAAAGUCUAAAAAACUGAUUUUUUAGAAACUGACAGUUAUUGAAUGGCAUCAAUAUUGUUUGUCUCUAUGCUUUUGGACAGGAAAUGGUGCUCGCAAUAGCCGCCAUUGUCAAGUUCAGAGGUUAUGUGAAUAAGUCAUGUUUACCCUCUUGACACUAAGCCUUUUUGGACUUCCCGUGCCAAGAAAGAACCUUUUCACAAGCCCUGCACUUUAUUGGCAACAUUUUUUAUAAAAAAUAAAGUAAUUACUUUACAAAUGACCUUAAAUAAACUUAUACAAUCUUUAUGACUCAAAUUCAACAUGAGACAUCCUAAUUUGCAUAUUUUAUGUACCCUGUAUGCAAUUUUUUAAAAACAUUAAGUAAGUAUAUCUUUCUUGCAUAAUUUUGUUUAAUUUUCCGAUUUUUGAAGCCUAAAUGUCCUAACAAACAUUUGAAUGAGAUUCAGUGUGAUAAACUGCAUAAAAUAUGACACUGGAGGGUGCUUAUGCCUUUGCCUUAUGGCACAUUUCAAGUUCAUAAAUUUUUAUAAGCAUUUAUAAAGGUCACUAGCUACAAAAAAAAAUUGAUAUAAAAUUUAAAAAAAAACACCAUUAGCUAUCAAUAAAAGCCACCAUUAAAAUGGUGAGAUGAGUAAGAAAUGUGAGAAGCAAUCUGAUUAUCUGGAAUGCAGAUCACCAAUCUAGAGGCUUGUAUUAUUCUGCUAAUUAGUGCUCUUUUUUUUUCUUUUUCUUUUUUUUUUUUAUUGUAGCAAAAAAUGGGCUCGCACUGACAUCUUGAUAUUACUUUAGGGGUCAACCAUUCUGACAUUAUACUUAUACCUUGGGGGUGGGGCUGAUGAUUUUAUGACAAACUAUUAUGACAGUGUCUAAAUUAUGUGACUAAUUUGUGACGAUGGUGGAGGAGGGGUCCAAAAUCUGCCAAAGUAUUUAUGGAUGUCACCACCUGAACUAGAAAAGUUUGUUUUUUUAUUUCACAGGUGAUUAAAAUUUGUAGUUUGGUUUUACUUCUCAAGAUAAGAUUCUGAAAUAUCCACAGGUGUUGUUAUUUUUGUGUGUUUUGGCGUUGUGUCUGUUAAUAAUCUGGAUUUUUUAAUUAGGAGGAAAGAUGGUUGAGAAGUACCGGUACUUAGUACUUUUUUAUUCCAUUUUUCCAACAAUUUUUGGAAAAUAGAAUAAUUAUUUACCAUUUGCCACCCAGGAUAUAGCCAAACUUUCCAUCAAUCCCCCGUUUCACGAAGCAGCCCGCAUGCACCAUUUAAAUUAUCUUUUCCUCGACCUGCUAAGCUGGACAGGGCUAUUCAAGUGCACAUAGACCAAACAUAAAAUUGUCAAAAGUUACUUAGUAAAUCCAUUGAAAAUGGGACCGCAAUUAGGGUGUGUUCUGCGACAAAAAAAGUCCUCCUGAUGGAUUGGUCCUUCUACUUUUUUGCCAUUAGAGUCCUAGGCAGAUAGAUUGGCCCAGUCAUCUCAAGAGACAUGGAAAAAUGUAACAAUUAUAUUAACUAUCUUUAUUUUUAAUUCAAACUUUAUUGGGGGUUGGAGUCACACAUUUUUAUGGAACUGUGUUUGGAAUUUUUUUUAUAAAGGUUUAGAUUUAAUACUUCUUAAAAUUUCAAUAAAUAUUGCCCUUUUUUAAAACUCCAUUUUCUCAUUGUUUUACCAGGUAUGAAUACCAAUCCUUUUGUGUAGCAAGUGUUGAACAACACAUUCAGUAAUUCUGUGAUUUAACAAAUAAGUAAAGGAUUUUCAUUACACUUUCAAUUUCUGAAUGCAUAGUUAACCAUUGUUAAGUUGAGUUUCUAUAUAUUUCUUAACAUGGUGAAAGCAAGGGCACUUGAAAUGUUCAUUGAAUCCCUUAUUACUCAGACAUCCAAAACAACCAUAGCCAAAAAUGCCAAGACUCUUUCAGCUUCUCACAUGUAAGUAUAUAAUUAUUAUUAUUUUUUUCGUAUUUCAUUUAAUAAUUUUUUGUCAUUAUUAAUCUUAGUAAGAAAGUGCUUUUGUAUCAAGUAUGAAUAUCUGAAUAUUUAUGUGCGUGUUAGCAUGCUAUGUUUUGGGUGUUGUAGCGUCAAGUUUUAGAACCUAUAUUGUGAAGCGCAUUUGUAUGAAAUGUUUUUGUGUCAUUCAUGAUGUCAUUUCAUUUAUAGGUUUUUUUAGUUGUUAUGAAUUAGAAAAUGUUAAGUUGAACCUUGGAUUAGAAAGUGCCUAAUGUCAAGAUUUAAAGCUGAUUUUUUAAUGAAUUCAUAAAAGAUUUUAAACUUUCUUAAUUUAUUAAAGUAUUCAUAAUUUUAUAUAGAGUUGAUAAAUUCAGAUAAAUGCCCAUAGUAAAUUUUUUAAAAGUUUGCUUUUUUUUCAAGAAAACAGACAAUACAAGCAAAUAAGCAGUUUGACUUCUUAAGGGAUUUGGUGGCCAACGUUCCAGACCACCAAACUGAAGAUAAUAUUGUUGAUGUAUCUGCCAAUGACGGAGAGACGACUUGUAAGAGAGGACGGGGCAGGUGAUUUAAUUUUCAAAUUGUUACAUCAGAAAUGAAGUGUGCCAAUAGAGUUUUAAUAUCUGAGUUGUGUGAUGGUGCUAGUAGUAUGCUCACUAAAAUACUCUUAAAUAAGUUAAAGUUGUCAUUGUUGCUUUUGAAUUGAUAGGUCUGUAUCCCAAUUUUUUUUAAAGGAGUAUUAAUUCCAGUAUGAGUAAACUCUUCGACUGUUGUUUGUACCCUACAGACAUUUGAAAUGAGAGCAUUAAAAUAACUUCUAACUAAUUCCAAAACAUAUAAAAACUUUGCAAAUUUAAUUUCUUAUUUUGUGUUGAUCCUUACAUUUAUUUACCUUUAAAAGUUAGUUAAUGAAUGUCUUACACAAGCUAAGGGAUAGGGUGCUUUUGUCCACUGCUGUGUAAAUUUUAGUGAAAAAAAUAUUUUUAUAAAAAUUCAAAUCAAACUUGAGAUGUGUGUAACUAGAUUGUCAUGAUAAUACUUUUUAUUUUAUUUUUUACUUUCCAUUGCUCAGACCAAGAAAGACAAAAGAAAUGGGAGGCAAGAAACAGAAAGGAGAAUCAUCUAAAACAACUUCUGAUACAUCGGUAAUUAUGGGUUGAAGUUUUAACUAUGUCACCAUCCGGAAAGUUUCAAUUCUUGUCAAAGUGUUCAUCCACUCACUCUCAAUUUCAGGAUGAAGAUGAGGAAGAAGAUGAUGAUGAAGAUACAGAGACAGAUGAAGAGCAUGCGGCUGGUGUACCUUCUGCCUCAUUCAUAUCCCCCGCCACUGUUGGCAACUCUAGUGACAGACUUGGACCAGUUACAAUGCAGCCUGGGGCAUCAGGUAUCUGGGUGGCCAGAAAUCCCCAACCAUUGUUUCAACUUCAUUAAUGUCUAAGUGUUUAUUUUUAAUUUUAUAUUGUUUUCACUGUUGUUUGUUCAUUGAAGAAGUCUACUUGCCGAUACAUUUGUUGUUUUGUUGCAUUAUUUUUUCAGGUUUUCCCUUACUUUCUUUUGCACAAUUUCUUCAAUUCAGCACUAGUUAUUGAAAUUGGAACUUGCCAAUUUAAGUUUGUGGUGCCUUGUCAAGCUACGCUUGUGGUGACUUGCCAAGCUAAGCUUGUGGUCCCUUGCUAAGCUAAGCUUGUGGUGCCUUGCCCCAGAACUAGUUGAGGAUUUAUUGAAAAUUUGAUUAUUUUAUAAGAAAGUUAAUUAUUAAAUUCUUAUAGGGAGCUUAUUGCUUAAAUUCUUUGAAAAUAUUUGUCUAAUUUAAAGUUUAUUCUUAUUUUUUAAAUUAAAUAUAUAUUUAUGGCGUCUUUGAUUAUACAUAUUUGUUGAACACUCCUUCUUCCGUUACCUAUAAUUCAUCUUUGUAUAUCUAUAUUAUAUUCAGUGUUGUAGUAGGGACUUGGUGCUUUCUAAUUAUUACGAUAAUUACUUCUAUGAAAGCAUGAGUCAGGUCCAAUGGAUUCCAUUAUUAUGUUUUAUUCAAAGAAUUCACGAUUUACAAUAAAUACAUCUCCAGUUGGAGUAAAAAUCAUCGUCAUGAUCUUAUACACUUCAUACACAUUGUAAUCCACUCAGAUUGUAAAAUAGCUAAUCCGAUGUUAUAAGAUAUACACUAAAAUGAAUUCGAGAGCACAAAAUUUAUAGUCCAUCCCCAUGACCAUAUAUGAAUCCAUUCAUGUCCUUCUGCGCAUGACAUUUUAAAAUCAAAAUUUUCAUUGAUACUAAAAUACGAAACAAUUUAUUAUUGUAAUAAUUGAGCUGUGUUAUAGUGGCUAGUCAACUAUGCUAAGUUUUAAGACGCUUAGCAUUAAAUUUUUUUUUUAAAUUUACAUUACGGGCAGUUAUAAAAAGUUCAUGGCUAUAAUAAGGGCAUUUACUAACUACUAAAUGGUUAUAAUGACACUGACUGCAUUGCAUAUAUGCAAUUUGCAACAAAAGAAAACACUAAUAUAUAAAAUUAAAGUAAUAAUUUACCAAAAAUUUGUUUAUUAUAUUUAUAACCACAAAACUAAAGAUUUUGUUAUUCUUUGCACUAGUUUUUAAUUUCUUGCAAUGUUGUACAUUGAUUUAUCAGAAUUUCACAUCCGCAUGUCAUAGUUAUAUCAAAUCUAAUAUUAUAAGUCACUGUGUAACUCUACAAUGUGGAAAUACAUUUACAGGUCCAGAUGCAAGCAUGAACAAUUUUUCAAAUUUGGGCCAUGGGUAAGUAAUCUCUUUCUGAGCUUACUUUGUCUUGAUAUAAAAUCUUAUGUUUGUUACUGAUAUAUUAUAAUUUAUUUUUAUUUUUUUAAGUUUGCUGGAGUGUCUUCCUUCUCCCUAUUUUCAUUGUCACAUUCAUCUGAUCUGUCUAGAUAAAGUAAAAAAAUAAUUCAUUGUGUCGUGGAUGAAGUAUUUCUUCCAAAUGAUCUGGGUAAUGUUCCACAAAAAAAAAUCAUCUGAUUAAAAUCGUGCAAUGUGAAUUUUUAUUUACAAUUGUAUCAUAAAAUGCACAUUUUUGAUAGAAUAAAAAAAAUAAUAUCACAAUUGCAAUUUUACCCAUAACUCCUUGAAAUUGGUUGUAAUUAACCUACUACCCAUCAAAACCCUGCUACGGCUAUAAAAAUCACCAAAAAUUGAGAGAACAAUGUACACCAGACACAUUCAGUACAUACAAAGAAUAGAGACUACAUUUUUAACUAAACUUUGUGUCUAGUGAAGAUGCCAAUAAAAAAAUUAUUCAAUCCAAUAUGCUUGAGGCGUUGAGAUUAUAAAUAUAAUCUCUUGUUUUCCAGCUUUCCCCCAAUCUUCAUCAACCCAGCAAUGGCCAGCCUACAGAAACAACAACAGCUACUCCAGCCCCAUCAGCAGUUUCAGCAGCAGCAGUACUCUGGGACAAGCUUAGCUCCCUUUCCUUACCCCACGUAUGUGAGCACGCAACCCCUGGAGGUGCCCAGCUAUCCGCUGCCCCCUCAGUAUGCUAACAAUUACCCACCUUUGAUGCCUUCCCUAGACCAGUUGCAGCAAGUGGCCCAGCAGCCCUUACCAAGUCAAGUGUAUCCAAGCCAGAAUUUCCGUGAACAGCAGAAUGCGCCACCUCAACAACAACCAAUGAACCUCUCGUAUCAAUCCAGGGCAAUGGCAACAACGGCUGGUGAAAGUGACGAUUAUGACACAUGAUAGCAUCAUGAAGGCAGAUUUUACUCUUUGUAUUAUCUAAGAUCUAUCUAUGCUGUUAAAUACCAUAUUAGCACUUUUGGUAAACAAGUAGUGAACUGUUGAAUAAAUGAGUUUUGCUACUUGUUAAAUCAGCUUUGAAGUUUAAAAUAAUCUCACAUCCUUGUUAACACAUUUCCAUUGUGGCGUGAAAAGAGUAGUAGAACUUGAAGAAGUUGUAAAUAAUAUCUAGUAACACAACAAAAACAUUGGAAAAAUUAAACAACUCAUCAUGUCACUCAUCUAUUAUUUGUUAUUCCAAAUUAUUAUAUACAAUUGUUUUGAGCACUUUGGUGUACAAUCCAUGAAACAUCCAACUGUUGCAAUUCUUGUGAAAUGCUAUUUUUUUGUUUGUUUACAUCCAUCCAUCAGGUUAACAAAGGGAAGUUUUUUCAUCAUCUCUUUUUGUUGUUCACAUUGUAUUUACCAGCAAUGCUUUUAUCGACCACCUCCGUCUGCUGAUACGUCUUUGCUAAAUUGCCUUUUCAUACAGAGUUGUUGCCCAUGUCAUUGGACUUCUCCUGUUGUAUAUUGGUCGCUUCAUUAAUUAUUUUUUUUAACUGACAUCAAAUUCAGUCAUCCACAUGUGCAGAUUGAAUGGCAAAAUUUGAAGCCUAAACAUUUAUUUCAUUAUUCUCUUAAAAUGGUUUCUUUUAAACAAAAUAUGUAAGUUAGGAUUAAAAUCUCAUUCAGUCUUAACCUUUCUUCAGAUAUUUUAAUUAAUAAAUAUUCAUAUGUAAAUAAAUAAUUACAUUAUUGAUUUUUUUUUAAUUAUUCAAAUUUAAAAAAAAAAAUUUUUUUUGAUUGAAAACUAUAAGUAAAACAUGUACGGUAAUUCGACAAAUAGCAUCACAAAAAAUUAAUGCAAAAAUGUAUUCGGAAAUAAUAAAUAUUUAACUAUUUUAACAACCGCAAGGAACUCUUAAAUACAUUUUGUAACAAACUCCCCCAAAACACUUUAGGUAAAUUUAUUCUGUGGCUCUGAGAAAAACAUCAGUCAUCCUCUUGCUAACUAGGCAUUACUUAAUAAGUAUAAGGCUUUUCCCCAUAAUCUUCCCGAUAGCAAAACAAGCCAGUCAACCUUGAGUCAAAUAUUUCUUUCCUUUGCUUCCUUCUAUGAUGUACAGUUAUGCAUGUCAUUCCUGAUGUUUCAUGAGUAAAUAUUGUUUAUAUAUAAGAUUAUUUAAUGCUUUAAACAUUUAAAGUGAGACCUUUACUUUGAACAAUUCACCGAUGAGUUUCUAAGUGAUGGUGGAUUGAAUGUGUACAGGGGUAAAAAAAAAUUUUUAUAAAGGGAAGAGAUUUUAAUAUUAAUGAAAUCAGUUAUUUUAUAUUUAGAGGAUUUCAUGCUAUUAAUCCCAAAGUUAUUCCUGUUCAUUUUCUUUAUAGUUUUUUUUUUUUAUAAUAAAUACUUGUGUAUUUAUUUAUUACAUUUAAAAUUAUAUUGAUUGUUUCCUUUCAUAAUGAUUCAUAUAAAACUAGAACUAUGUUAAACCAAUUGUUUAAUUUUUUUUGUUGAUUUUUUUUUUUUGGUUUCUAUUGAUUAUUUUUUUUUUUAUAUUUUUUUUUUUUUUUUAUAAUAAAUACUUGUGUAUUUAUUUAUUACAUUUAAAAUUAUAUUGAUUGUUUCCUUUCAUAAUGAUUCAUAUAAAACUAGAACUAUGUUAAACCAAUUGUUUAAUUUAUUUUGUUGAUUGUUUUAUUUUGGUGUCCAUUGAUUGAAACUUGACAUAAAGUUUGAAGGUUCCA